CACCAGGCUCGCCCGAUCGACUUCCACCAGCACACGAGCCAGUAUAUGCAGGCAACUCGGGUCUUUCUACGUCGACAAUUCAGCCUCUAGCUUCUCACACUUCUUGGGUCGUUUGUUACUUGCGUUCGACAGGAACAGUCAGGAUGUCUUUGCAUGUCGCACAGAAAAGUCACCAUGGCCAGCACUCCGUGAGUGCCUGAACCGAGGCCAUGACUUUCUCGCGGGCUUCAUGCUCUUGAGCGUUCCACAGCACUCAAGCACGCUCGGUGGAUACCAAGCUGGGCUGCCCGCUUUCCCCUCACCAGCUGGUUCCAACCGGACCCAACAUUGGGUAAAUAUGAAGCGGGGGGUUGGCAACUCCACGGUACCCCAAGGAAACAACGUAGCACAUUUGUUAGCAAUUGCAGAUAGUGAGACGACUUCCUAUCUUUCCAAUCUGGUUAAACAGUCCUCUCGCCUUCAGGGCAGUCUUCUCGGUAGAAGAUGGCCACUGGCAACCGCCUUACCAACAAGGUCGCUCUCAUCACGGGCUCCUCCUCCGGGAUAGGGCGCGCUAUCGCACUCCGCUAUGCUGCUGAAGGUGCCAAGGUCAUCUGUGCUGACCUCUCACCCGCACCCCGCGUUGCUAUACUGAAGGAUCCAUCUGCCCAGGCGGCGCCCGAAGCCCGGCCCACCCACGAGCUCAUCGGGCCUGGGAGCGCGGCCUUUGUGCAGACCGACGUCGGGGAAGCAGCCGCCGUCGAGAAUGCAGUCCACUUCGCCGUCAUGACAUUUGGCCGCUUAGAUGUCAUGGUGAACAACGCCGGUAUAGCACCCGAGGCCAGAUCCAUGGGGCCUAUCCACGAGCAGCAAGAUGACGUCUGGGACCUGACGAUGCGAGUGAACGCCAAAUCCGUCUACCUCGGAUGCAAGUUCGCCAUCAGGCAGAUGCUGGCCCAGGAGCCCCAUGGCAGCGGGGACCGGGGCUGGAUCGUGAACAUGUCGAGCAUCAUGGGGACGGUAGCAACACAUUGGGCCCCGUCGUACUGUGCCUCCAAAGGCGCCGUCUCAAGCCUGACCAGGCAGGUGGCCCUUGACUACGCGACGCACCGCAUUCACUGCAACGCCGUUUGUCCCGGGUUCACCGAGACAGCUAUCUUGGAGGAGACGACGUCUUUCGGACCGACUCCGCAGAUGCUGGCUGAGAGGCACCCUUUCGGCGGGGUGGGCACACCGGAGGAUAUUGCGAAAGUCGCUGUGUUGCUGGCAAGCGACGAUGCGAGUUGGAUUACUGGUGUGAACCUGCCAGUGGACGGGGGAUAUAUCAUACAAUAGAUAUGACUAUCUCAAUCGUUCUGUUAGCUAUGUGCUUGGGAUGGGGACCAUGGUGUUUUUGGCUUACCUGGCGAGGGUAGAUUUGGGUGGCUGUUGAGUGUAUUGAUGGGGAAGAGCCAAGUUUCGGUCUCACGUUGUGGGACCCUUCUUCUUAUAGGGACUAUUUUGAGACUAUUUUAGUCUCGUCGUAUGACUGCUUCGCUGGCUUUCUAGUGAGCGGCGCUGUCAGGAGCGAUGCCUUCCAGCCUUGCCUGUGCGGUACAAAGCUGAGGCUACGUGUCCAUAGUUGUACUAUAUUCUCUCUAUGCCGUUAUUAGCACUAUAUUUGUUUUUUAAAAAA